GGCGCAUGCGCGCUGGCCGGAGUGAGCUGACGUCUGUGUGACGUGUCCCGGGAAAGCGGAGCCCGCGUUACUUCCGUAAAUAAACAGCCGAAGCGAACAGGGAUGGCGGGGACGGCGCUAAAGCGGCUGAUGGCCGAGUACAAACAGCUGACGCUGAACCCACCUGAGGGAAUUGUGGCAGGCCCCAUUAAUGAAGAGAAUUUCUUUGAAUGGGAAGCUCUGAUCAUGAGAACAGGUUAUGUAAUUGGUGAAUGUAAAACUUUGGCGAGGAAAACAGGACAGAAGGGCCCAGAAGACACAUGUUUUGAAUGUGGAGUAUUUCCAGCAAUCCUCAGUUUCCCUCUAGAUUAUCCGUUGAGUCCACCAAAAAUGAGGUUUACCUGUGAGAUGUUUCACCCAAACAUAUACCCAGACGGCAGAGUGUGCAUCUCCAUCCUGCAUGCUCCAGGAGAUGACCCCAUGGGGUACGAGAGCAGCGCAGAGCGCUGGAGCCCUGUGCAGAGCGUAGAGAAGAUCCUGCUGUCCGUGGUCAGCAUGCUAGCAGAACCCAAUGACGAAAGCGGAGCCAACGUGGAUGCUUCGAAGAUGUGGAGGGAAGACCGUGAGCAGUUUAACAGAAUCGCCAGGCAGACUGUGCAGAAAUCUUUGGGCUUGUGAGGAGACACAUUCUGUACCGGACUUGAUCAUAAAUGCGUGUUCCCAUUAUUGCCCCAUAGCUGCUGACUGACCAUCCUCCCAUCGCUGGGGUCAGUGACCUCUCACCUCUCAGUAGGAGGUAUCUGCAUGACUGCGUUUGUUUCCAAUAGGAGGGCUCCAUUACUGCACAUCCUGGCAUUUUGUUACAGGGAGAAUGUUAAUUGGGCAUCUCAUAGAUGUUGUAUGUAUCAGAAUCUAUUGAAAACAUUGCACACUUACAGUACAAAUACCACAUUUGUACAAGGACUCUGUACCCUGAAUAUGAUCUCUGUAGUACAAUCCAUCACAGUAUUUUGUAACUGCACAUUAACGUCUAAAUAUAUUUGAAAAUUGCUCGA